AAAAGGAGAAAGGAGGAAGAAAAACGAAAGCCAACUCUCCUUUCAAAUACGCACGCCACCGCCCCAGCGCGCACACAUGGCAAUGAGGACCGUGGACAGAGGCCCCCUCGCUCUCCCUCCGCAAGUCAGUCUGAUUCUGUUUUAUGUCGGUGCUGUGGGUGCCUGUACUGUCUCGGUCACACAACCACAUUACCUAGAGGUGGACUACACCACUCACAAGGCUGUCACCAUAGAGUGUAGCUUCUCUGCAACUGGAUGCCCUUCAGAGCAUCCAACAAGCCUGUGGUUUCGCUAUGGCACUCACCAGCCUGAGAACCUGUGCUUGCACGGAUGCACAAAUGAAGCAGACAAAUUCACGGUGAGGGAAUCCCUGGCAAAAAACCAAGUUUCCCUCACUGUAAACAGAGUGACUUCAAAUGACAGUGCAAUUUACAUCUGUGGAAUAGCAUUUCCUAGUGCACAGGAACCCAGAGCUAAGCAAACCAGAGAAGGGACCACGCUGGUAGUAAGAGAAAUUAAGCCUCUCAGCAAGGAACUGCAAGGUUUCCUGACAGCCGUCCUGUCACUGCUCUCUAUCUACAUUAUUGGUGUGUGUGUCGUCUUCAUAGUCCUCUCCAAACAGUCCAAAUCUAACACUCUAAGAAACAAAGAAACAAAAGAAGAUUCCCAAAAGAAGAAGAGUGCUCGGCGUAUUUUUCAGGAAAUUGCUCAAGAACUAUACCAUAAGAGAUACGUGGAAAGAAGCCAACAACCUGAGAAAGACAACACUUAUGAAAACAGAAGAGCACUUUCCAACUACGAAAGACCGUAGAAACAUUUUAAUUUUCAAUUAAGUCACUGAAAACCCAACUCCAGAAGCUAUGGCAGUGUUAAUGGACAUACACUCAACAGGUCUUAAAAAAAAAACAAUCAAAGGUAAAUGGAAAAGACAACUGUCUGCAAAGAAGAUGCCACAGUAUAAGGAAACUGUAACUAACAGUAACCACCAAAAUACUAAAAUCCAACAAAAAACAACUGAAAAAUGCUUUCCUAACUUGCCAAGAAAAUUCUAAGCAGCCUAACAUUUUCAAAAACUUUUACAACAUGUACCCUAAGUUGGUUUCAGUCAACAUAUGAGGUAUGUGAUGACUGCUACCCUGAAAAUUUGAAGUCAGACCCUACAUGCCUCAAUCUUCAGUGGAAGAAUCAUCUUUCUGGGUUGUGGAAAUAAUGGGACAAUUAGAAUAAGUUGGGAGGGAGCAAAGUGCCAAAAUAUGAGUCAGAGAAAUUCAUUUUGAAAAGUCCUUAGCAUGAAAAUUAUUUCCUUUGAUACUAUAAUGGGGCAAUGGUAUAAUGCACAUUUGCCUGCCAGGGUAUGCAAAAUAACUUACACCAUGCUACCAGCAAAAAGUGAAAAUAGAGAUUAGAGUAAGAAAACAAAAGCCAAAAUAAAGAAAAUCCAAAGCAGGUUAAACAGAACAAAUAAGCCACAACUGACUCUAGAUGUCAGUGUUGUGCCAAAUAAACAGCACCAGGGCAGGCAUGUGCAGCAAGCAUUGACUUUACCAGUAUAUUUGCAAUACUGAUUUUUAACCAAUUUAGGAGGUUAGUAUCAGAUAGGGGGCUGGAUACAGCAAAGAUAUUUAUGGAAUUCAUUACCACUUCACGAAGAAAACAUGACUCGAUUGCUCUUUGAAAGCUACUUUGGUAUAAAAAAUCUAAAGCUCCCACAAGAGUGCACUCAUUAUUAAACAUGAAUUAUAACCUAUUAUGUUUAUUUGAUUAAAGUGUUUCUUUUAAACUGGUA